AUGGUCGAGGCCGCGAAGAUUAAUGGAAGGAUUACUCUCAUGCUGCGAUCCGACCUCGAGUCUCCACCUCCCGAACGACACGGUACGAGAGCCGUGCGACGCUCAGCACCCUCGGUUGCAUCAGCAGCGCCCAAAAGCGUCUCGGACCGCAUGACAGACAGACAGAGAGACAGAGAGACAGACAGCACAAACCUCAACGCCUCUUCCGGUGCUAACAAGACAGCGCACCACCACCCUCGCACAACCGUCAACUCAGGCCAGCAACCAGCACCACGCAGGACGUCCACAGGUACAAAGCACUCGACCCGCGCACUCGGCACUGGGCCGCGCACGUGCUCGCUCGCGUGGCCAAUGCCACCCCAUCCCGGCCCUGAUCUCUAA